AUGCGGUUCUUGACUGGUCCUCAUAGCUACAGAAUAUGGUCUUUACGAAACAGAGCGGUAGUCAGUGUGCAACUUACUUCUGUAAGCACUCAGGGGCUAAUCAUCUCUAUGACGAGAGGGAAGGACGUUCAAGGGCCAAGAGCGGAGGCAAUGUAUAUCCGCGCCGGACCCACACGUGAAGAGGGAGCGAGGGCCCGAGCCUUAUUCAGCUCCUCUCCACAUGGUACUAAAGCUCCCUGGUACAACCCGGUGCCCAAUGCGUUACCCUGCGGGUUGUUCUACAUCUACCACGCUCAAGGCUUUCACGAUCCCAGCCCCCUUCCCGAAACAGCUCUCUGUUGGGGACACUAUAUCAGUGGUUUCGUAAUUAUAUUAAGACGGAUGUUGAACGGAUGUCUGCAUCACGGCCUCCUACUCUUUUGUUUCAAGAGGGUUGGGCAUUGCUUCGAGCGAGCGGGGAUUUGUGUGUCACCCCCAACAAGCCACUCUUUCUCCCUCCUUAGGGUGUUGGGCUCAGUGAAAGAGGGCCAUUGGCCAUUUCCGACCUCGGCGAAGGCUUUCUGGCUAGACCCACCACAUUCUGGAGCCACGCCAUCGACAUCUCUCUUCAGCCUCCCAGGCUCAUUGCCUGGCUUGGCCAUUGAGGGAAGUGAGCUCUAUCCAGUUUGCAAUCAAAUCGUUGACAAGGCUGAACAAAGAGGAGACGCAUUUCCCCAACUCCUUGGGUUCAUUUUAAUAUUUCACUUGCCAGCCACCGCUCGAGGCUCUUCUUGCAUGUUCCACGGCCCAAGCGCGAUCGAUUUCACUUUUCCUUCCACAUCAGACAGUCUAAGGUUGCAGCUCCUAAGCGAAUGUGUCGCUGCCUUCCAAUCAUCACAACCGGCACCUCUUAAUGGUCUGACUAGAGGCGGAAACUCACUAAGACCAUGGUCAGUAUGGUGUUUCGAGAUCAUUGCUCAGGUCCGCUCGUCUCCUGCGACUCCUGCCCAGUGGACCGAGCUAAGAAAUAUCCUUGUUGAGAUGCAAGCCUGUAGACUGCGGGCGAAGCUUUACGGCAGGAUGAGAGCUGGUGAAAGGGCACUGGCAACAACAUGGCCCGAGGACCGGCCGCUCAAUUUCCCAGCUUCAUUAACCUUGUCAGCAGUAGCAUCAAUUGUCCGAAAUUUCGCUCAGCACGGCGAUUCUUCUUCGGACCAGCGACCCUUGCAUAUGCUCUUCACGGCAAUCAAUCACUAUGCAACUUCAACACAAUUAGCUACCUUCAAAACAGACGCUUACACAACGUUUCGCCGCCUUCACGUUGCAAGAUUUGCAAGACUUCCGACGCGCUCCUUACUCUCCCCAAGCGCAGAACGAAGAUUCUUCAUCGCUGAUUGCAAAGCCCUCUUCAGAUAUACAACAUUCCGCGACGCGCCAACACCCCACGCUUACUACAUACCACCCGCGGGCUCCUUACUCGCCGAGCAAACACGUCUCCAACAGCCGCGCCCAAGUCGCAUCCCACGUGCUCUUCAAUCAUCAUCCUACACUCCGAUCCCAUUCCACACCUCCGCCCCGGCCUUUACAGAAGCUAUAUCUCGAAAUUCAUCAUACUUGCGAUGCAAUGGCACCGAGUCACGAUUGACACGAGCCAACUCCGCCAUGAAGACCCACACUGAUCGCUAUCAGGGAGACCUUGUUUGGACAGGGACGGCGGGACGCAAGCCCGCAAGAGAUUUUGGCAAAGAGGAUGUCAGAGAACCUUUGACGAUUAGGCAAGAUGCUGCGUUGUGUUUUGAGACGAUAGUCUCAGCUAGCUAACGCCCCCUCGUUUUUCAACGGCUGGCAAAUUUAGGUUUAGGGCCAACAAGGGUCUCAUUCCGUCAGGUAUUCUUAGGGUCGGAGGAGCGCUACAAGGGCAACACUGCAUCUUUAUGCACGGUCUGACUUGCGCUGCUAAUGGCAGGCAAAACUACAGGUCUGGGGUCGCAGUCAUUGGAGAAGGAAUGGAAGAGAGGCAAGCUUUGAGCACCCAAGAUUGGAUUUGCAGAAGGAUCUAUUUGGCGACGAAGAGCCGCGCGUCUAUGAACUUCGCCUCUGUUGGGAGUGCUUAGGAAACGACUGAGUGCAUGCUUUGCAGGUUGGACUAUUCAUCAAUGAC